GUGAUUAAACUCACCACAAACGAACAGGAACGACGAACAAACUAAACCAACUUCGUGAGAACCUCUAAGUGCAAUUAGCUCUUUUAUCAUAGAAAUCCGUCGGAAUAAUCUUAAUUUUGAAGGGAAUAUAAACGUUUGGAAUUUAUUGUUGAAACAGCAACAACGAACAAGAAAAUAGACAAGAACGUACUUAAAACACAAACGGUUGUCAAGAUGUCUUGGGUUGCUUAUUUCGUUUGUGUUUUUGCGGUGCUCCACGGUUCGCUGGCUGACCCUCCGGCCAGUUUCUUACUGAAAGCCGACCGGUUUCGGGAUCCCGAUGAUUUCAUCAGAGAGUUCGUGGAUACAGGUAGCAUUUCUUCGCAGCAGAUGGAAGAAAUUAACUCGGCGAUACGGGACAUGCGGGAACAAGGUCGACGCCCAAACAGAUACACAGUCGCCAGUACAAACACUCUGAAUGAUGGCUGCAUACCGGAACAGACGGCUGUGGCUUUGAAUGAGGGUUCAGAUCCAAAUGUCCUUACGUUUCCCGUGUGUGUCAAAGUGUCUCGGUGCGGAGGCUGCUGCGGAUCUGAAACCACUACUUGUGGUCCGUCACCAGGGGGCACUGUCACUGUGUCCAAGAGGGUAAUGAAAUUCGAGGGCACAGCGUAUAACCUGAACAAUUUGAAGUACAUUGGGGCGGAAACGAAACUCAUCGAGGAGCACACUGCAUGUCAGUGCCAGUGUAAGGUGAAGGCAGGGGAUUGUAACCCCGCCGUACACAUCUAUGAUCAGGACAACUGCCGCUGUAAGUGCAAGGUGCCGCAGAUCAGCUGUUCCUCUGGGAUGGUGUGGGACGAUUCCACGUGCAGAUGUAUCUCCAAGGACACCGUGGCCCUCCUCACUUGGCGCGCCAGAACCACCGGUGAGGCCGCCCCCUCCUUCUCCGCACAGCCCCAGCAGGCGGAGAGAGUGGUGGCCAGCGACCCCUGUGAUGGCUGCACCUGUGGACGCCGGUGGAACCCCACCCCAGGGGCCGGCAAUACCUGUGAGUGCGUACAUAGUUCAGGACGGAGCAGAAGGCCAUGUCCUGCCAGAGGCUAAGAUGUAGUGUUCAGACAUCAUCCAACGACAAUCAUGAUUCUUAAGGACGUGAAGUUCACAUUUUCUCUAUAGAAACUUCUCUUCAGAUGGACAAACUUUUCAAAAUCCGCCUUUUCUGUCAGCGUAUUGCGAUAACGCCAUUGUCUUUACUAAGAACAUUAUGGUAUAUGACUGCAAUUUUAAUAAUUAAAGUAAGGCACUUCAGGUUGCGUUUUCGUAUGAAACACAUUACAUAUCCACAAAUUCCAAUAGGGAUCUAUGAGAAAGGAGGCGUACUGGUAAAGUCCAAUCCUGGUUCAUGUCUGAUGCCUCAUAACACAGCAGAUACCAUCUGGAACCGCUGCUACAUGCUCCAUUCAAAAUCUAAACCAGAUAGAAACGGGAGAUUUCAAUAUCUAACGGCAAAACAUAGCCUUUUAUGUCAAGGGUCAAGGAUUAAUUUACCACAGCCGCGAAUUCUUUAUUCACUCGGUCUCUGAAUUCAAAGACAGAAUCAACUUCGAUGUUUCAAACUGCCAACAGUAUUUUGGCCGUUCAAAGAUGAACACAGCACACUGUAUAUAUUUUUUAACAUUCGAAAGAAUUACAGGACGAUACAAAUGUAUAUAGUCUGUAUGACAGGGCUACAUGGAAACAGGAUUUCCGAUGUCUGCGUAGUACAUGUAUAACUUGAAACAAAUCCAUCUUUUUAUACUGAAACAAUAAUGACAUUUCUUGUUCUUCAUUUUGAUUGCUAAUUGAGAUUUAUUUUGACAAUCUGUAUAACCUUUAAUAUUAAUAUCCAAGAUAAAAGAAUUAAAUUUAAAGAUUUAAUAAACGUAGGUUCCAUUCA